CGUCGUCGCGUCUCCCGCCGUGCGCGCGCACGCACGCAGGCCCUCCCUCCCGCCUUUCCCAACCCACCCAGAGCCGAGCCCGCCUUUGCCUCGUUCUUUUUACGGCUAUUUGAACCGCCGCGCUUCCGCCAUCUUCUUCCUCAGCCGCCCGCCCAGUUUAAACACACACACACGGAAAGAAAGAAAGGAAGAAACCAGAAGAGGAGGCGGCGGAAGCGGGAGAGAAAGAGCGGAGAGACGCAUCGAGAAGGUAAUGGACGGCGGUUAACGGGGUGGAGGGGAGAGAGAGAGAUCAAUGACGAACGAAGCGGCGGCCUCUCCGCGGCGACGGCGAGGAGGCCUCCCCGAGGCAGCGGCCUUUGAGGCCUUCGAAGCUCUCGGGCCUCCUCGCGUGGCUCUUGAGGAGAGAGGCCCAGGAUUUACCUCACGCCGGCGGUGGGGGGAGGGGAGGGGUCGGGAUGCGGCGGCGGCGGCGGCGUGGGGGGGAGGGGAACGGCGGCGCGGACGCACGCGCUCCGUCGCGCGCCCGCGUCACAAUCCCUCGCGGUCCCUUCCCCUCCUCGCGCCGUUAGUCGGGAGGCGAGGCGCGGAACGGCGGUUUGGAGGGGAGGCCGUUGAGGGAGAGAGAGAGAGAACCGCAUUCCAUCCCCCCCCCUCGAGGGCGCGAGUGAGUGCGCGGGGACGCCGGGGGGGGGGAGAAUGAUGGGAGGGUCGUCGCGCGGGGGGAGGGGGAGAAACGAGAGGGAGCGCCCCCCAUUCCUUCCGUGUUAAAUCCUUACAAUAUAUAUAUGCGUGCGUAUAUAUGAUGCAUGCUGGUUUGGGGACGUAGAAAAUGGAUAAAAGGUAGCGGGCCUUGGAUAUUUUGGGGGGGGGGGCAGGGGGGAGUCUUGGAUUAUAUUCUAAAAUUUUGUUUCCUCUCUGCCUGCCCACGCCAUUAGCAAUUCUCUCUCCCCCCCUCCCCAUUUAAUGCAGUUUCUCAAUUCUGCUGAGCCAUCCUAGGGGGGGAUGGGGGGGUGAGAGGGAGAGCAUGGAGGGCGGGGAAAGAAACGCGCGCGCGCGCACACACACAAAAACCCCUUGGCCGCCAUUUACUGCUUCCUCCCUGACCCGGAUGGAGAGCGAGCCACGCGCCUUUUGGGCGGCGUGGGCAGAUGAGCGCAGCACGGGAGUUUUUUCUUUCUUUUCCUUUUUAACCUCAAUCGGGCCUUUCUCUGUCUCUCAGUAGACGCAGCAGCAUGGCCGCCCCGCAGGGAGAACCGCAAGUGCAGUUUAAGGUAAGGAACGAGGCCGGGACACCCAUACUUCCCUUAUUUUCUUGCUUUCUCUUUAAAAGAAACCACUUCUUUAAAACGCCUGGAUACUAGCUUGGGAGCUUCCUUUGUUAGGCUGAUGUUAAAACCCACAAGAAUGUUCGUUAGGCUACAUGUCUUGUAACCAUGGCCGUUUUGUUAGGAUUAUUUAUUUUUUUAAACCCCACUCCUCUGUUGAGAAGGCUUCUGAGAGCUGCUUGCUUAAGGUCGAUAAAAACAAAAUGGACCUUGUAAAUCUUAAAAGUCUCCUGGGUUUGUUUGGGAUCGGACAUGUGGGAGAUGCAAUUCUGCAUGCUUACUUAGAAAAAGGUCAAUUGGAUUUAAUUCUCAUUUAAGUGUGUAUAGGAUUGGAGGCUUGGGUGUCUUUGUUUCCAUAGGUUUUGAUUACAUUAUUUAUUCAAGAGAGGACUUGAUGCUCAACUUUUCUGCCAGGGCUGUACAAAUUACAAUUUGAUUAAGUUACCAAUUAAAAUGUGGGGACAUAUUUAAAUAGGUAUAUUUGGGACUUUUUAUAUUUUUUUGCAUUUUACAGUGAGCCAUAUACAGUAAAUUGUGCUGUAUGCUUUCAAUAGCAAUUCCUGUGCUUCCUUCAGUGCUUUUUGUGGCAUAAUGUGUGACUUGUGCAAUUUCUAACGUCACAUGUUCAAUUAAAAAAACUACUUUCCACUUAUGCUUCUACAGCUGAGUUAUCUGUAAGCCUUUAAAAGUAGAGAUCCAAGGGCAGUAUAGUCUCAGAUGCAUGAAGUACUAUCUUGCCUUUUGGUUGGAUUAAUAGCUCAGUCAGGGAAGUGAUUGUACAAAUUUGUACAGACUACAUUUCACAUCUUGGAAAAAGUAUGGCCAUCCAACACCUCACAAGUAGACUUUUUUCACACACCCGCUCCCCCCAAAAAACACAUUUAUUUGAAUGUUACAAUACAUUUUCAAUCAAUAUAUCCCCUUCACAGACACCUCUGUAAUCAUGGUGGCGUUAAAAUAUGCUGUUGUUCAGUAAAAGAGAAAAAGUGAGACCAGCUCUCAAAGGUAUCUUUUUUUGGAGAUACCUUUAAUUAGUCACUGAUGAUUUGUGAGGUGUUCUGAUAAAGCAAAGUUCCAGGUGUUAUUAACCCAAGCCUCUCUUGGUACAGCAUUUUAGAAGUUUCCUUCCAUCAUUGAGCAAUAACAAGUAGAUCCGAAAGGACUCUCCCUCUUCUCCCCCCCAGGGCCCCCUAAUUUGCUCUAGAGCAGAAGUUCCCAAAUUCUGACCCACCGAUUACUAGUGGUCCCUGAGCUUUGUUCAGGUGUUACAUGCUGCAUUUUCAAAAUACAAUUAAAAACCAUACAACACCUAGCACAGUAUGACAAUUGUUACAGCAGGCAGAAAAUCCUUAAGUGGUCUGCCAACACCCAUAAAUCAGUCACAUUGGUUAAGAAUUAUUUAGGUUAAAAUAAUUUAUCACCCUUUGCGGUUUUUGCAGACUCCCAUAGAUAGAUGCUUAAAAGUGUAAAUUAAUUUUUAUUCCUCUACUAGGCCAACUAGUUUAUGCAGUAUAUAGGCACUAGGCUGAAUGUAAGCCAUGUACAUUUUCAUUUGAAUUAAAUCCUAGAAGUCCAGGUAUUACCUUCCUCUUCUAUCCCAGGCAAUGUGCAAAAAGAACAUUUUGUCAUCUGUUUGGUUUUCUACUCAUCUUGAAGAUGGGUAGGUUAUAGAUUUUAAACCUGGUUGAAGUGGCAUUGGUUAUGGUUAUGAACAUAUUACAUGGCAGCUACAUGCCACUUACUCUGAAUUAGUCCUAUAAAGUCUGGUAGAAUGGACAUGUGCCAGUGUGUAGAUGUUUUGUGGGAUUAACCUAUAAAGCCUUAAACGGCUCAGGACCACAAUACCUCAAGGACCACAUCUCCCAAUAAGAACUGACCUGGACUAGGUGGCAAUGUGAGAAUGGGCCUUUUCUACAGGGGCUGCCUGCUUGUGGAAUGCUCUCCCCAGGAGGCUUGCUUGGUGCUUUACUUACAUAUCUUUAGGUACCAAAUGAAAACGUGGGAACCUUUCAUAUGUGGUGGUCGUGCCCAAAAAUGAAAAAAUUCUGGGACACAAUCUACGAGGAAAUGAAAAAAUUACUAAAAAUCACAUUUCACAAAAACCCAGAAUCAUUCCUUCUUGGGAUUCUAACUGACAAUAUCCCAAAAGAAAGAUUAAAAUUAUUUUUCUAUUCACUGACGGCGGCUAGGGUACUAAUAGCCAAGUACUGGAAGGGUGGCCAUAUACCAACUAGAGAAGAUUGGCUACAGAAGCUGAGUGAGUACUUGGAACUUGCUAAGUUGACUGAAGCCUUAAGGAACAAGUCAAAUAAAAUAGUCCAGAAGGAAUAGGAAUGCCUAAAUACCUACCUAUCGAGUCACAGUUCAACAACCAAGAUUUGGUUGUGUUUAGAAUAAACCUGUAAGUAGGAAAAGGUCUCCUUAUACCAAGAUGAGGAAUAUAUUGAAAUACAGAGAAAUUGCUUUAGUUAUAAGAAAUGAACCACCAUGAGGUCAAUGGAAGUAAAAAACCCCCAAAAGUAUGAUAAAAAGAGAUUCACCCCAUAAGGGUCAGCAUCUCGGUAGAGAAAUGACAUUCUGGGCUGUCUAUUAAAGUUACAUUGUAUUAUACUUAUUUUCUUCCUUUUUGCGUUUGCUCUGUUUUCUUUGUCUUUUUUUCUGUCUUUUUUCUGUUUCUUUUCUUUUUUUGUAUUCAAUUGAAAUGUUUUCAUACUUUGUUUCAUUUAUAUUUGCAUAACAAUUCAAUAAAAAAAAUAAGAAAAGAAAAAGAAAAUGUUCUUCUUCAGCAGGCCUUUGACUGAUAAAAACAAUCUAUGACCUUUUAAAUUUGUUUGUGGAAAGGAGGUUAUUGGGUUGUUGUUUUUUACUAUGUUAUGUAUUUUGUGUUUUCAUUUUGAAUCUUUAUGUUGUAUACCACUGAUCUUUGAAUGAAGGGCAGUAUAUAAAUUUAAUAAUGAAAUGAAAUAAGCUCUUGGCUGCAGUUGAUGCAGUGUAUUUGAGUUUUAAAGUGGUUUAAUGUAAGUUAGCUAUCUUAAACCCAGUACUUGAUACAUUUGUUUUACAUUCUUUAUUUCUAGUAGCUCAAGGUACCAUAUUUGGUUCCCCCUAAUUACCCCCACCCACCCUCCACAACAAUCCUUUGUGGAAAGUUAGGUUGUGAGAGAAUUACUGGCCUAAGGCCAGCCAGUUAACUUCAUGGCUAUGUGGGGAUUUGAACUAGGAUUUCCCCAGCCCUGGCCUAAAACUCUAACCUCUAUACCUGUCUAGUUGGAGAAAUACUUCCAUUGUUGGUAGAAGUUAACCUAGGAUGUAGUUGCAGUACAAAAGUAUCUUGAAUUCUUUAAAUUUGUAUUUCAACAGCUUGUUUUGGUUGGUGACGGUGGUACUGGUAAAACAACAUUUGUAAAACGUCACUUGACUGGUGAAUUUGAGAAGAAGUAUGUAGGUAUGUCAAAUGUUUUCCUUAUUCUAUUAUGCUGCUAUAUUAGUGAUCUGUAAUCCUUUACCUAUGUACCUUUUACUUAUGUAAAAUAACUUUGGUCGCUUUUUUUUGCAAAGUAGAUUUCAGUAAAAUAAAGUAAUGUGUUUUUUGUAAUUACAAGUUUUUUUGAGCAUUUACAGUUGUAUGACUUAACACUAUAAGUUAAGGGGGCAUCUGAAUUUGUAACACAAUUGGAUUUUUUCUCCUUUGUCAGCUGAUUGAUGUUGGAAGAGGGGAGGGUGGUAGGCAAAAUAAAUUGGUUCUAGGGAAAAGAAUGUACCUGAUCAAGCAAUGAAAAAUGUGAAGCUGUAGAUCAGGGCUGAUGAACCUAAUACUGGACUGCAAGUUGCAUCAGCCCCAGCCUGGAGGUAGAGCCCAGCAACUUCUGGAGAACCUCAGGUUUCUCCAUCCCUUAUUUAAAUGGAGGCCUUUAAAGGCAGCAUCACAGGCAUCUUAGAUCUUUUGUUGACAAGAUAAAAAACAUCCCAUUGUUUUGGGCAAGUGGUUUAUGAUGGUCAGUCUUAUUAAACAGAUGAAGGUGAAUAACUCUUACGUAAAUGAAGGGUCAUAUUUUCCUCAUGUUUUGUCACACUUGCUGAUAGCCUACAGGUCAAUAUUUCAAUUAGAAAAUGCACUCAUAUUCUACACUUAUACAUGCAAUGUUCCAACAGAGAUUUUAUGUAAUUGCAGCUACUCUGGGUGUUGAAGUUCAUCCUCUGGUGUUCCACACUAACAGAGGUCCUAUUAAAUUUAAUGUAUGGGACACAGCUGGACAGGAGAAAUUUGGAGGUCUGCGAGAUGGCUACUACAUCCAAGGUAAGUUGUCUGUACAGCUAUUUUGACUGAUUAACUGCUCAAAGCACAUUUUUGCUACCUGACCAGGGUGUGAAAUGUCUGUAAUUUAAUUGCAGCAACCUCUAGUUUUAAUUUGGCUUUUUGAAGGGCAUCUGCCAAUGUAAUCACUGGCAGCUGCUUGUGAAGGCUUGGUCUGCACCAAUGUGUUAUAAACAUGUUUUAGAUUAUCACAGUUGUGCAGGACUUUCAUUGGAAGACAUCAGAAAGUAACUAAAUCAACUUAAGCAGUGUUUUUUUUGCCAUCUUCAUGCCUUAUUUUGAAAUGUUGGAUUGUGGGCUCUUUAAUCAUAAAAAUACAGCUGCUAAGAUUAGUUUUUUGAGGUAACACAUCAAGGGUUGGCGGGUCUGUUAAAGGAGCAUGUAUAAAAUAGUAGAUUUUGAGUUUGGAUAGCUGUACAUUGUGUGAGUUUGAUCACUGUUAAUUAACUACAAAUUGUUUCAACUUUUUAGCUCAAUGUGCCAUCAUAAUGUUUGAUGUAACAUCAAGAGUUACAUACAAGAACGUACCCAACUGGCAUAGAGAUCUGGUACGGGUGUGUGAGAAUAUCCCCAUAGUUUUGUGUGGCAACAAAGUGGAUAUCAAGGACAGGAAAGUCAAAGCAAAGUCGAUUGUCUUUCACAGGAAGAAGAACCUGCAGGUAAGAUAAAGUUCUCUUGCUAAAGAUAAUAGUUAAAAUGGGAAGACAAAAGCAGUAGGGUGGUGUGUCAGUUGUUUUGGGAAGAAGUAAAGGACCCCCCGUCCUCUGUAAUUUUGGUUUCUUAGUUCACAUUACAUUUUUCAGCUGCUUGCUUUAGAAAAAAUUAGAUAAUGAAGUCUACUUCUAAAUUCCUUCUGAUGAUUAGUAUGUAAAAGGCUAUGUUUAAAUGAAUGUUCAUUGGAAGAUAAUUCUACUUUUGUCAACUAGUUGCAUCAAGGUCAUCUCAAGACUCCACAGCUGGGUGUAUGUUUAUGCACACAGAUACGACUAGAGGGAAAUUGUACCACAUGGACACAGAAAAUCAUUGGGACUAAAAGCAUUGUACCAUACAUGAAUGUCUGCAAGAGGGCUGCAACAUUCAGAAUGGAAUUAAGUAGUAAUUAGGGCUGGGCUAUGUCAGCUUUUCAUCAUUGUGAUGUAUCGCCAGUCAAACAUUACGAUACAGUGGUACAUCACCAUGUUGAAAAGCAGAGGUAGGAACAAGCUACAGCCUUUGUGUGCCAGGUGCUGGCAACAGAGGGAGUCAGGUGCAGGCAGGCACAUCCACGAUACACCGCCAGGUGAAAGUGCCAUUACACUUUGGCCCACAAACCCAGGCCUAGUGGUGAUAGUGCACAAGUCUUCCGAGGUUCUAUGCAAUGUUAAUUUUCCACCUUGUAGUGGGAGAGAAAUCAUUGGGCUUAUUUGCCCAUUGAGGAAAACUUCAUGAAUCUGCAGGGCUUGUGCCACAGUUAAACAGUUUGUGUUUUAAGCUGCCACAGGACUUUGUUUCUGCAACAACAUAUGGACACUGUGAUUCCCCUCUGGUUUGUUUCUAAAUGCGCAAUCUCUCUUUUCCUCCAGUACUACGAUAUUUCAGCCAAGAGUAACUAUAAUUUUGAGAAACCCUUUCUUUGGCUGGCAAGAAAGCUAAUUGGAGAUCCCAACUUGGAAUUCGUUGCCAUGCCUGCUCUUGCACCACCAGAGGUCGUUAUGGAUCCAGCAUUGGCAGCACAGUAUGAGCAAGAUUUACAGGUAAAUGAGCUCAUAAAAGGACUUGAGAUCGUGAUCUGCUUGUUGUUGCCAUUGACUUUAGAAUGUUACUAAACUUGUUUUCCCUCUCCCCCCCCAUUCCAGAUUGCUCAGACCACUGCACUGCCAGAUGAAGAUGAUGAUCUGUGAGGGAGUGAAGCUGGAGCCCAGCGUCAGAAGUCUAGUUUUAUAGGCAACUGUCCUGUGAUGUCAGUGGUGCAGCGUGUUUGCCACUUUAUUAUUCUAGCUGAGCAGAACAUGUGCUUUAAUCUUUGAAAUGCUGAAAGAGAGAAUGGGCUUUGGAGUGAAUGUGGCAGUUAAAAAAAAUUCCUUCAUUUUGGACCUGCAUAUUUAGCUGUUUUGGACUGCAAUUUACUCCCCAUUUUGAGUUUCGAAUCUGACUGCUGCAGUCGCAUCACAGUAUUCAGUGGUAAAUCUUGUUUGUUACUGUCAUUCCCAUUCCUUUUUCUUUAGACCAUAAUAAAGUUGUAUUUCAAAUAUCCAAGCAAGUGACUCUUCAUGAAUUUAAGAAUAGUUACUCAGAGUCCUCAAAGCUUCAACCAAAUUGGGGCAAAGUAAAAACACUUUUAACCCUAAACAGGCCAAGUGCUUGGCUAGCAGUCAGAAUAAAUUCACAUUCUGGAAAAGCUGCCAUACAUGGAUUUAAGACAAUUGGAUUGCGUUGGGGUUGAAUUGAAAUUGUAGCAUUGGGCCUAAUCAGUUAGGUCUGCCUUUUGGAGAUUUGUCCAUAGCACUGUAAAGGCAUGCAGUAGGAAACAGUUUCGUCACUUGCUCAUCUGUUUCCCCCACUGGGCUGCAGAUAGGCAAUACUGUACUAUAUAUUUGAAGCAGCAUUUUUUAACAAAUUAGCUGAAAGCAAGUUUUAUGGGACUUUAUUCCAGUUCACUUUCCUUUGUACAAGUUAGGAGAGGCUGGCCAAAUAAAGUGUAAUACUAAAGCAUUAUAAAGUGCUGUGCAUGUUAACCAGUUGUGUAGUGUGUGGGCAGUUUUCAUUGUUGUGUGCUGGGAAGGUGGGGCGGUAACCAUUUACUCUGCCACAGUGUAUAUGGAAGCUUCCCUUCAGACACUAAGUGCCUAUGGAAGUUUGCUUUCCAGGUCAUAGAGUUGUGUCAGGUGAGCAAAGGGCUUACCUCUCUAGCAUUGCACUUCUGAAUAAAAUUCCACCCUGCAUAGAAGCUAUUCACAAUUUUUCAAAUGUCCAUGGUGUUUUGCUAGCUACUUGGUUUCUGUGCUGGUGAGGCUGGGCCCAAAGCAAGAAAAAUCAUGGGAAGGAGAAACGCUGGAAAAAGGAAACACCAGUGUUUAGGUUCUUAAAUUUUUAUAAACCAUGUCAUGAGAAAGAUCCUAUAUUGGCAAUAAAUACAAUAAACGGAGAGCAUGUAGAAUGAACACUGUAACAAAGAGUUUCAGAAGACUAAAUAUUCUGGCUGUAUGCUAAUGUGAUUCCAAAGUACAUGGUGUAGAUAAUAUCAGUUCUUGAGCUAGGGAGUUUCAACAGAAAGUAUUCAACCAACCUACCUAAUUCAAAGUAGAUCCAUUGAAAUUAAUGGACCUAUCUUAGUCAUGUUGAGUAAUUAGAGUAGCUCUACUCUUGCAUCUCAGCCAUACUCUGUUCCCACAAUUGGUGUGGUGCAGGGUUUUAGUGUUAUAGUUGCUACUAAAUAAGCUAUAGCCUUCCAAGCUGCCAAAAUCGUAUCUCCGGAUAAUCUUAGGCACGAUCUUAGAAUGUAUGUAUGGAAGAGGUUCUGUUAGUUGGUCCAGAUCCUAAGAAAUUCAACUUAAAACAGAUCUAUUGAAAUGUAGUGAAAGAAAUUGUAACUAAAUCCUUGGACUUAAAUGAGGAAGUCUUCUUUCUGGCUUGCAGCGUUUGAUAAGAGUAGGUCUGCUUUAACAAAAACACUGGGAUGCUAGGGGCUGUGCAUCUGCUUGCCACCCCCUAUCAUUCCCACCAUAUUAACCCACUAGAUCUUUCCCUUCCCACUCUAUGCAACUACUUUAGCUUUUUACAUCCCCAACUCCCAUUUCUGAAACUUCUGUUUCACAGUCCCACUGCAACUGGUUUAAGCACCUCCCCUAUGUCACAACACUCCUUUUGUGCACCCCUUUGCACACAAACAUCCUAUAUGGUAACCUGCAUCUUCCUGAUCCAACAUGUUGCAACUGCUAAACACCCUUUUCACCUGCCUAAUUAGUGAAGCCACCUCUCCUGUUCAGACCCUUUAACGCCCUUGCUCUCAACUAUUCCCAUGCUAUUUUGCAACCCCCUUUGCAGUCCCAUUUUCACUUUGCCCCCCUCUACCCUUCUGCUUGGACCCUUUUCAAUUUCCCCUUGCACAUAGGUCAGCACCAUUUACAUGCCUUACCCUAUUCUGCAGCCCCCUUUGCUCACCCCUCCCCAUGCUGCUACAUGUAUCUUUAAGUUGACUAGACUUAAGUGCAGGCCUGUCUGCUUGUUCAGCUAGAGAAGGUUGAAGUUCAUUAGGUGAAUGUACUUACAUGACUGUUGGUGAAUAAAACAUACUUUCUAAAGUUCUUUGAAUUAGGAACUUCAUGUUGAAGGCAACACAUGGUACCAGAAAUGAAAAACAAUGUGGGAUGCUACUGUAAUUUUUUGGGGGAGGGGUGCAUAUAUCCUCAGCUUCAAGCCCCUCCCAUAUUCUCUCAGCUCUCUGGACCUGCCUCAUAUCCUCACAGUUCUGGGUCUUGCUUAAUUCAGACCUCCGCUCUUGUUGAAAGCUGCCAUUUCAGAAUCUCUCUUCCUUCCGUCUCCUGCCCUGGCUUCAUUCAAAGGAUACGGCACUACAAAUCCUCCAACGGUGACUGUUCAAUGACAGCCUUAGGUUUUUGUGUAUAUAGGGGGAAAGUGCCCAUUGUAGUUUAAUGGUAUAUCAAAAAGACUGCAAGCCUUAAAAGUGGACAUACAAUAAUAGAACCAGGAAAACCAUUUUAGAAGCCUUGUGGCACCUGAAGGACUCACAUUUCUUUGGCAUGAACUUUUGUAUGCUAUGAAGUGAAGGUGUACUGUAUGUGGGUUUGCAGAGAGAAAUGUAAACAUUGGUGUUAAAUGGUAAUGAAACAAUUAUAAUAUAAUUAAAGGCUAGGUUAGGC